AAAAGAAUAAAAAAAAUUCAAACAUUAUAAUAUGUACCUACUAAAUUCGAAGUUACGAGGUCCGAAUUUCAAGAUGUAUCGUCGCUGUUUAACACAUUGACUUGCAACAACUAUGCAAUAACUAUGAGUCUAUGACCCGAUCCAAUAAAUACAUAAGACGACUAGAGUAUUGACUUGACUAAAUCACACGCUUCUAUUUUAAAAAAAAAGCAAUGAAUAAAAAUGCAAAGAGAACUAUGGGCUUGGUUUGGUCUUUGUCUCAGUUAAGUCAAUUAUGAAAUAACUCUGGUCCUCUGUUUACUGUUGUUGUCUAUUUACUUUUCGACGUCUGUUUCCAUUUCUCUUUCAUUUUCUUCUUCUCGAUCAAAAACUAAUUUAUAAGCAAAAUCUACUUGUGUAUCGUCUAUCCAUAUAUAGAAGAUUUUCUGUCUUUACUUACCUCUCUCUUUUGUGUUCAUACCAAUCUAAUCUUCCACUGAUUGUGACUCAACCCAUUUUAGGGUUUCUUCUUACAAUCUACUCUCUUACCAAGAAAACACACCUUCCCUUUUUCUGCAAACAAAAGAAAAAGUCUCACUCUUUCAUUCAUAGCUCCUGACUUUUCUUAAUUUCACCUUAGAAAUUCUUGUGGCUGUUUUGUGUAUAAGAGAAGUUUUAGCUUUACACAAUUAGAUACACCCAAAUCUUCACGCUAACCAAAGAGCAAAGAAUAAAAAAAACAGAGGAGACAUGAAUUGUAUGUUCGUGUUCAAGUCCAAGAAACCAAAAUCCAGAAGAAAUCUGGAGAAAGAUUACAAAAACAUAAGAGGAAGAGAGUUUUUACAAAAGUCUGCUCCAGAAUUAACGACAAGAAGAACAUCUUUGUCGUUCAAUCUCCCAACACCAAGAUCUCUGCCAUCUCCAACGAGUAUCAAAGACUUGUACACUGAGAGAGAGCAAAAUCAAAAUCAAAACCUAAUGGUUUUCUCUUACAAGGAACUGAGUGACGCCACGUGUGAGUUUAGCAGAAAGCUGAAGAUCGGAGAAGGUGGUUUUGGUAGUGUCUAUAAAGCCACCAUUGACAAUCCCACCGGAGGAGAUUCUCAUUCUUCUCCACUUACCGUCGCCAUUAAGAAACUUAAUCGACAAAGUCUACAGGGUCACAAGCAAUGGCUAGCAGAGGUUCAUUUGUUGGGCGUGGUUAAUCACCCUAACGUAGUGAGGCUCUUAGGGUAUUGCUCAGAGGACAGAGAGAGACUUUUGGUUUACGAGCUGAUGUCUAAUCGUAGUUUGGAGGAUCAUCUCUUCACUCGAAAAACCUUAACGUUGUCGUGGAAACAAAGGCUUGAGAUCAUGCUUGGUGCAGCUCAAGGAUUGGCUUAUUUGCACGAAAUCCAGGUAAUAUACAGAGACUUUAAAUCAUCAAAUGUGCUUUUAAACGAAGAAUUUCAUCCGAAAUUAUCGGAUUUUGGUCUCGCUAGAGAAGGUCCGGAAGGAGACAAUACUCACGUUACAACAGCAAGAAUUGGAACGGACGGCUAUGCAGCACCAGAGUAUGUAAUAACCGGCCAUCUCAAAACACAUUGCGAUGUCUAUAGCUUUGGAGUUGUUUUGUACGAGAUCAUCACUGGUCGUCGCACAUUGGAACGAAUGAAACCUUUGGCUGAACAAAAGCUUCUAGAAUGGGUCCGAGAAUAUCCUGUCGAUAGCAAAAGAUUCAAAAAGAUCAUUGACCCGAAGCUAUGCAAUAAAUAUCAUCUUCCUAUGGUCAGGAGAGUGGCUAAAUUGGCUGAUCAUUGUGUGAACAAGAUCGAUAAAAAGAGACCCACCAUGGCCUUCGUCGUCGAAAGUCUUACGAAGAUUAUUGAGGAAGUAACUUCUGAAGAUAUGGGAACUUCUGACUCUGUUGGCAAAUCAACGAGUUAGAGGAUUAUAUUUUCAAGAGUAGAGAAUAUAUGUAGUGAAAAGAAGCCCAAGUAAUAAUAUUAAGCCCAUUAACUAGAAA